GUAUGUACAUAUGACUUGCUGUUACUGUGAAUAAAAGGUAUGCCACAAUACACCCUAGGCUUCAAUACACAAAUUCGAUUUUUACUAUUCAAAAGUCAGCCGAAUGUUGCACAAUGUUUACGAAACGUUCUGUCAUCAUGGUUGGCAAGCAGCCUUUAUAUAUAUAUUAAACGGACACAAAUCAUACACUUAACUGCAGGAAUUCUAUUCAGUUCUGUUUGUGUUUUUGACCUCCUUAUUUAUCAGCCUCACACAAUACACACAAUAGUGACUUCUGUAUUUGAAAGAACAAAAACCACGACCAUGCGUAACAGCAUCCUAAUUAGAAGCACAAUAGUGACUUCCCUUUUUGAUACAUCACAACCUCAACAAGCAAAGUGUUUUGUAGGCAGACGCUGAGUAACAGAAACCCUGUGAUUUGGUCAAUUCGGUAGUCUUUUUAAUCGAGUAGAAAUGUCUCAGAAUGUUUACGUGAAAUGUGUUCAGAAGGUGAAACAAACAGAGCAGAUGGAGAUGGUGGAGGAGGUCUAUGUGAACUCAGGCGUCGUUAAAUGCCACGAACAGCCGAAAAACACGGAGGACGGCAUCACAAAGACGAACGUAGAAACUCAAACUAAAGGAGGAGACAAUGCAGGGGACAGAUGCUACAGACUUAUAGGUGUGUGUGUGCUGCUGCUGUGUGUUCUCCUGCUGACUGCCAUCACAGUGGUGUGGAUCAAAUUCACCAACCUGAAUGCAGAAAACAAGCAGCUACAGACCAGAUACAAUACCCUGACUAUAGAGAGAGACCAGUUCAAAUUAGAGAGAGACCAGUUACAGACCAGGUACCAUAACCUGACUAUAGAGAGAGACCAGUUACAGACCAGGUACCAUAACCUGACUAUAGAAAGAGACCAGUUACAGACCAGUUACAACAACAUGACUAUAGAGAGAGACCAGUUACAGUUAGAGCUCAACCAGUUAGAGACUAGCUGUAAUGACGUGACUUUAGAGAGAGACCAGUUACAGUUAGAACUCAACCAGUUAGAGACUAGUUACAAUAAGGUGACUAUGGAGAGAGACCAGUUACAGUUAGAGAUCAACCAGUUCGAGACUUGUUGCAAGAACAUGACUACAGAGAGAGACCAGUUAGAGUUAGAGAUCGACCAGUUAGAGACUUGUUGCAAUAACAUGACUAUGGAGAGAGACCAGUUAGAGAUUGACCAGUUCGAGACUUGUUGCUAUGACGUGACUAUUGAGAGAGACCAGUUACAGUUAGAGAUCGACCAGUUCGAGACUUGUUGCAAUAACAUGACUACAGAGAGAGACCAGUUAGAGAAGGAGAAAAAGGAACUUGUGAAGGGGCUUUAUCAACUAGGAUGGAGCUUCUUCAACUCCAGUCUUUACUACAUCUCUAAUGAAAGCAAGAAUUGGACUGAGAGCGGAGUGGACUGCAGAGAGAGAGGAUCAGAACUGGUGAUCAUAAACACCAUGGAGGAACAGGAGUUCAUCAGCACAAAUUUCAAUAGUACAGAAGCUUGGGUUGGGCUCAGUUACAGUGACACAGAGAGCGUGUGGAAAUGGGUGGACAAUACAAUACUGACCACUGCGUACUGGCUUGAAGAGUCACCCACUCAUUAUGAAGGUUAUGAAGAUUGUGCAAUAACUACUAUUGGAUCUGGCGUGUUUACAUGGAACGUGUAUCCCUGUAAUUACACUGCAUUUAGCAUUUGUGAGAAAAUGAUUAAUUAAGUCAAAGUAAAUGACAGAAACUGGAGUUGUUCACAGUCGAAAAGAUGGCAGGAAUGGGAACUAUGUAGCCACAACUAUUACAGUUUUUUUAAUAUUGCAUUUUUUGCUGAGUGAAAAACGUUUCACAGCACAUGCACUAUCAAACUGAAACAAUACAGAAAAUAUUAUUAAUUUAAAUUCAAAUAGUUAAUAUUCGAUCUAAAUAUGAGUGCAUAUUUGAACUAGAGGUAAAUUUUAUCUUAUACCACAGUGCUCUUGAAUUCUUGACUCUGACUGGUCUGAAGGUGUUGAUUAAUUUUAUAUAACCAUAUGGCUCCAACAAUAGCUCCAGAUGUAGCGUAAAUGAUAGGUUUAUAUUAAUGCGCUAGUUCUAAUAUGUUGUCAUUCUUACGGUAAAAGCUCAUACACAGGGCCUUGUAUGGCAGAUGCUCCACUAAAUGUAAUGUUAGUAAUUACUUGAUUGUUUAACAAAGAAAAGUAUAUAUCACUAAUAACAUGAAGUUUUUUGUUAGGAGACAUUUAUUUAACAUUUAUGGAAGGAGUCUCGACUUCUUGAGUGUCAGUGCUUUGUAACUUUUCCACCACAUGAGUCUCCAGGCCAGAGGAGUUUGUGCAUUGUGGGUUCUAAGUCACAUGACAAGCAGUGUUUUUUCUGUCUUGUUAACUUCAGGAAAGAGAAUACAGCAAAGACGGGUGAGGGAAGGACUGCUUAUAGCUGCUAUAAUGUAAGUGAUAACAGGAACUCAUUUGUCUCAUGGACCUUCCAUAACAUUAAAUGUAACUAUAAAUGGUUACAAAAGUGCAAAAGUUCGUUAAUAAAGUUAAAAGUUGUAUUCAAUGGCAAACCGCUGUGGUAUAAGCGUAAUAAUAAACUUCAGGUCCUGAACUUAUAGGAAAAUGAUCCACUUUGCUUCACCCUGAUCUGGAUUAUUUUCAUAUAAACAGCAUGGCCCAUCGUGUUACUCUUUACAUAACACAAGCUCUGACGGUACUUCCAGCCACAAGACAAAAGUUUUUUGAUGAUUUUCUUCUAAGGCAUUAUUGUUUCUAUAGUAACUGUAAUCUGU